AUACUAUAAAAGGGAACAUAAGGGGAGCUCACAGGCUCAGAAAUGACCAAACCAGACAACAGUCCCCAGAGACAAUGAAGAGUGAAGUGUUGUUAUCAUUAGUGUUGCUUUUCGUGGCAUUUCUGGCCUUACCAGGCGCAAGAUGCCAGGAAGACGACGUGAGUACCUUAGCAGACGAUUAUGAUCCUUCAAGUGAAGUGACACGAAUUGAGAGGCAUGCACAAGUACCACCAGAGAAAUAUCAGAAACCUGAUGCGCUCCUGCAAAGACAGAGAAGACAUAGUCCCCCAGGACCAGGUCCAGAUCCCCCAUUUCCAUAUCCAGAAUCUAUGCCGGGUAAGCCCUUUGCUGUACCACAGAAGAUCUAUGAGCGAGUGAGGAGGUCUGCCAAAGGGACUGGUGCUCUCCCCCAGCGAAAAGGUUAAAUGAAUUUUUGUACAAAGGAUUUUACACGAAUUUUUACAAUUUUCUGCGAGGUGCUCUGAGGACAAGAAACAGGGAAAUAAAAAUAUUUGUUGCAGCAAUUUUAAGAGUUUUUAUGUCAACAGCCGUUGGUAAGAGGUUUAUAGUUCAAAAUCGUAUUUAUCGGUAAAGUCGGUAAAAGUUUUCAUGUGUAUAACUCAACUGUUAUACACUCCUAUUUAACCGAUCCAUAUGUCAAUUCCACUCAUUUCACUUAAAAAUCUUUGUUUACUUCGUUUACAUAUUUUGCACUACAAAAGUAUUUAGUUUUUUAAUUAUAAAAUUGAAAUUGAUUGAAUUGAACUGAAUUGAAUUGAAUUGAAUUGAAUUUGAAUACAAAACAUCUCGAAAAGAUGGACAACAAGUCCCAGGGAAAUGUAAUUUUCCUUCCGGACGACUAUAUGGAAACUAUCUGCCGGAUUUGCCUAGGGAUAGAUAGCAAAUUGGUCAGUGUCUUCUCGACUCUGGUCCUGGAGGUUAGUGAUGAAGGAGAGAGCGUUAAGAUUUCUGACCUUGCCGCUCAUACCUUGAAUUUAUUCAUCCAUCCGGAAGAUAAACUACCAAAGAACGUCUGUAAAAUGUGCAUUAAUAGUAUUCUUGAAUUCCGUGGGUUUAAGAUAAAAGCUCAGGAAUCAGAGAGGAGUCUUAUUUGUAGUCUUGAAGCUCUGGAGGAGCGAUUAGCUAGGGAAGAAGCUGUUAUGAAAGAAUCAGCUAAAGAGGAUUCCCAUAGGAAUAAUGAGAAUCCUCCUGAAAAUGGAGAAGUAGAAGAGGAGAGUGUUGAGGGUGAUAUUCAAGUAUCUACUGAAUAUUUUUGCUCAAUCUGUAGCAAAUUCUUCCAGAAUCACCUUCAGCUGGAAUCUCAUGAAAAAUACCACGAAUCCACAAGAUUAGUAUCAACUUACUGCACAUUUUUCACCUGCCACUCCUGUCAUACUGUCUUCCUGAAAAAACUAGACCUUACUAAGCAUUGGGAAGACUUUCCUGACCAUUCACAUACCCUCCCUCGGAAUCAGGAAGAAGUCUUUGAGAAUUGUGAAUAUUCCUGCGGAAUCUGCUCCCAGAAAUUGCCACAGAUUGAAGAGCUCAAGAUGCAUGUCUUCCAGCAUUCAGAGAAAUUUGUGUGUCCUAUUAGGGAAUGCGGCUGGGAGUAUGGGACUUUUGCCAGACUCAGCUUCCACAUGCGGAAGAAGCAUGUAGCCAGACAGGAGCACAAGUGUGAAUACUGCCUGGAGACCUUUGAGGACUAUACCGAACUCAGAAGUCACAUAAGAUUCAAGUGUGCAGAGAGGAAGUUCAAAUGUUCCCACUGUGAUAAAUCCUUCUUCAACAAGAAAGCCUUGCAAUUCCAUCUCAAAUGUGCCAAUGAUAAGAACUUCAUCUGCGAAGUCUGUGGCAAGGGUUUUGGCUACAGAGGAGAUCUCACCAUUCACAUGAGAGCUCAUACAAAUGAACGACCAUUCCAGUGUAAAAUCUGUGGGAAGAAAUACAAAACUCCCAGUAUGAGGAUUGCCCACAUGGAUGUUCAUAUCGAAGGAAAAACCUAUCCCUGUGAUAUCUGUGGAUUGAGGCUGCAGUCGAAAGCCAGCUUCAGGGGUCAUAUGAGGCGCCACAAGGAAUACAAGCAACAUGGAUGUGACCUCUGUGGACGACUCUUCAACAGCAAGUACCGGCUGAAGGUUCACAAAGUGGGCUUCCAUAAAAUCAUGCCGAGCGCUUAGAAAUGUCCCUGUUCAGUGAUUCUUAAAUUUUAGUAUUUCAGCGAAAUAAAAAAUUUACCAAUUCCAGGAGAGAAUUGUAGCAGAUGGAAGGCUUCCAAGGACAACCAGAAAGCAUACCAGAAAACAGAAAUCUUGAGUGGUUCUAAAAACCUUGAAAGUUACAGGGAAAAUGAAGAGAUAGGGAUAUGAUUUGUUCUAGUAAAAUCUUCCUUGACCGUGAUGUCACAUAUAGGAGGAGGUGGGAUUACUUUAAACUGUGGGGCUACAUUGUUAUACGAUUUUGUCGCACAUUAUAAAUGGAAACUGGGUUUCAAUAUGAUGUAAGGGCCUUGACAGACCUGAGGAUUAGCCGAGAGACGGCUUAGCGUAAUUAUAAUAUAAAUAAUGGUCGAACUACAUUUCCAUCAUUUUCCACUAAGUCGUCUCUCGGCUUAAGUCGUAAGUGUGUCUAGGGCAUAAUUCGAACAGGCAAAAUAAUUGUGGAUCUAAAUAAAAUAAUUGUAAGGACCAGUUUCAUUUAGAAAUAGGCGGACAAGUCGUAUAGCAAUCUAGUCCCACAGUUCAAAGUAACCCCUCCUCACCCUAAGAUUAAUAUUAAAACUCUCUGAAUAACGAUAAUAUCAAAAAAAAAAAAACAAAUGAGUGAACCUGCUUCUCACUCGCAAAUACCAAAAGUAUAAACUUUGACGUACAAAGUUGGCAGACAUGUAAAGUACUCGAAAACUGCCCGAAACACAGUUGGCACGCUUGGAAAAUUGUUUGAAAUGCUUUUCAGGUGGUGAUUAAAAAAAUCAAUUUAAACGAACAGUAUAACAGUCAGAAAAUAUUAAUAUUAAUAUCAAUAUUAUGUGACACUACGAUAACACUAACAUUAACAUCCUACAUUGUAUCAUUAUUGAUAUAAAACAAAUUUUAUAGAACGACUGUGCUAUAAUCCAUGCAAUUAUAAAAAAAAACGUCAGAAAAGUCACAAAUAAAUACUUUUCUUCCAAUAAA